UAUCAUGCUAAGGUGGCUUCUACCAGAUUUUCCCCUUCACUUGGUGCGCACACGGUUUGAGCGUACGUGCCUACCAUGAGUGUUAUGGUGAAUCGGACUGUCAAUGCAGCGAGAGAAGGCAUAUCUAAACUGUAAGGUAAUGAUCGAGAGAGGAGCCUCUUCCUGUAUUUGCACCAGAAGAGCCACAGCCGCCGGUGUCAUGUGUAUCAGUGUAAUGCUUUCAGGGUUUGAGAUUAGCUCCAGACUGGUCGCUCUCACUCACAGAUAGGGAGCUGUGUGGUUCGUGGCUAUACUUCUCAACAAUAACCAUCCUAUUCUGGACAUCUAUUGCAUUUGAAAUUGUUCGUUCCGUCUCAAUGUCAUAAUGGACAGGUUGCACUCCUCCAUGCGUAAAAGGCUCUACAGUUUGCCACAGCAUAUUGGACAGAAAGCUUAUAUUAUGGGCGAAGGAGAAGACGGCGACAAGGACACCCGGAGGAAGAGUAUUAGGAUGAAACCCUUGCCGUCACCAACCUCCAGAGGAAGCAUCAAAGGCAUCGGGGAGGCCAGAAGUGGAGACACGGUGAUCAUGGAGACAGACUUUGGGAGACCAACGAAGACCAGUUUAAACGGAGAUUGUCGGAGAUUUCGUGGCAGUUUCUCCUCCAUCACCAGUCGGCAUGUGCACGACUCAGACUCGGCGGAGCAGAGGCGCCUCAUCACGGAAGGGGACGUCACCCCGAGCGAGGAGAGCCCCCCCGGAGCUAUUGGCGGUGGGGCGGACCAAGGUGCGCAAGGCGCCAGCGCUGGUGGUGCUGGUGGUGCCCAACAUGCUUCUCUUGACCAGGAAUCAGGGUUCAUAAAGUUGGAUGGCAUUGAUCAAAUUUCGCCGGACGACGAGAGAUUGUACCAGGCAGGAUUCAUACACAGGCAGUUUGGGGCAAUGCUGCAACCGGGGGUCAACAAGUUCUCCCUGAGGAUGUUUGGGAGCGAAAAGGCGGUGGAACGGGAACAAGAGCGGGUUAAAUCCGCCGGAUUUUGGAUAAUUCACCCGUACAGUGAUUUCAGGUUCUACUGGGACCUGACCAUGCUGCUGCUGAUGGUGGGGAACCUGAUCGUCAUCCCGGUGGGCAUCACCUUCUUCAAAGACGAACACACGCCCCCCUGGAUCAUCUUCAACGUGAUCUCAGACACCUUCUUCCUCAUGGACCUGGUGCUCAACUUCCGCACGGGCAUCGUCAAGGAGGACAACACCGAGAUCAUCCUGGACCCACAACAGAUCAAGAUCAAGUACCUGAGGAGCUGGUUCGUGGUGGACUUCAUCUCCUCCAUACCUGUGGACUACAUCUUCCUCAUCGUGGAGACGCGCAUCGACUCAGACUUCUACAAGACGGCCCGGGCGCUGAGGAUCGUCCGCUUCACCAAGAUCCUCAGCCUGCUCAGACUGCUCAGGCUGUCCAGGCUCAUCCGAUACAUCCACCAGUGGGAGGAGAUCUUCCAUAUGACCUAUGACCUAGCCAGUGCCAUGGUGCGUAUCGUCAACCUGAUUGGUAUGAUGCUGCUGCUGUGCCACUGGGACGGAUGUCUGCAGUUCCUGGUUCCCAUGCUGCAGGACUUCCCCCAGGACUGCUGGGUGUCCAAAAACAAAAUGGUGAACGACACAUGGGGCCAGCAGUACUCCUACGCCCUGUUCAAAGCCAUGAGCCACAUGCUGUGUAUCGGGUACGGCAUGUACCCACCUGUGGGCAUGACGGACGUGUGGCUCACCAUCCUCAGCAUGAUCGUGGGCGCCACCUGCUAUGCCAUGUUCGUGGGUCAUGCCACCGCACUCAUCCAGUCUCUGGACUCCUCCCGUCGGCAGUACCAGGAGAAGUACAAACAGGUGGAGCAGUACAUGUCCUUCCACAAGCUGCCGGCUGAUAUGAGGCAGAGGAUCCAUGACUACUACGAGCAUCGCUACCAAGGCAAGAUGUUUGACGAGGAGAGCAUCCUGGGAGAACUCAACGAGCCACUCAGAGAGGAAAUCGUUAACUUUAACUGUCGAAAGCUGGUGGCUUCCAUGCCACUGUUUGCCAACGCGGACCCCAACUUUGUGACCUCCAUGCUGACCAAGCUGCGCUUCGAGGUGUUCCAGCCCGGAGACUACAUCAUCAGAGAGGGCACCAUCGGCAAGAAGAUGUACUUCAUCCAGCACGGAGUGGUCAGCGUUCUCACCAAGGGCAACAAGGAAACCAAGCUGUCAGAUGGAUCCUACUUCGGGGAGAUCUGUCUGUUGACGCGGGGUAGAAGAACAGCCAGCGUCAGAGCAGACACCUACUGCCGUCUGUACUCUCUGUCUGUGGACAACUUCAACGAGGUCCUGGAAGAGUACCCCAUGAUGAGACGGGCCUUCGAGACCGUGGCUCUGGACCGGCUGGACCGCAUAGGGAAGAAGAACUCCCUCCUGCAGCACAAGGUGCAGCACGACCUGAGCUCCGGCGUUCUCAACUACCAGGAGAACGAGAUCAUCCAGCAGAUUGUGCAGCAUGACAGAGACAUGGCCACCUGCGCCCACCUCCUGCAGAACAUUCCUCCGCCUCAGCCCCCGUCUCCGGGGCACACCCCCGUCAUCUGGGCUCCCCUCAUCCAGGCACCCCUGCAGGCUGCUGCCGCCACCACCUCUGUUGCCAUCGCCUUGACGCACCACCCCCACCUUCCCCACCUCCCAGCCGCGCUCUUCCGCCCGCCGGUCACGGUCCUGGGCUCCAGGAACCUCCAGGAUCCUCCAACCGGCCGGCUGAAGAAGUUCCACACGUCAGCGCCCACCUCCUCCAUGGGACCUGACUCCCCCUCCAGCACCCCAUCUAAACUGCACUGCUCUGGGAUGGACACAGCCCUGCUGGCCUCCUUCCGGGCCCACCACACGACUCAGGGGUCAGGGGCAGCCAGCUCCAGUCAGCAGGCGUCCAGCAGCAGUGGAACUCAGCCUGGGUCUACCGGGGCCUUUCCCUUUGGACCUUUCUCCUCCUCCGGGGGCUCUCCCUCCCACAGCACGGCACAGAGCACGGCCCAGCUACACUCACAGCCCCAGACGCAGCAGCCAUUCCGCUGCACCACCCCGCCUCUCGCUGCCCUCUUCCAGCAGGGAGUCAUGGAGGGAGCCGUGGGGACAGAGAUGGGUGGAGCAACAGGGGGAGCUACAGGUUGGUCUUCAGGAGGCACUACCGGAGGUGAAAUAGGAGGGGUUGCUGAGGGGGCCACGGGUGGGACAAUAAGAAGGGCCACUGGUUGGGGUAGACGUGGGUCUAUAGAAGGAUAUACUACUGGAGUACAUAUAGGAGGAGCCACUGGGGGGUACUCAGGAGGGGCUAGUGGUGGGCACAUUAGAGGAACUAGUGGAGGACAUAUAGGAGCUACUGGUGGAGCAAUGGGAGGGCAUAUAGGAGGGGCAAUGGGAGGGGCAAUGGGAGGGGCUACAGGUGGAAUGACAAUUGGAGUUCUGGGUACCUCUAGUUCUGGUUGUAGUAUCAGCCCCCAGUCCACUGGUUCAUCCGGCAACAUUAACCCCUGUCAGCUGCUCCACAGCCAGCUGCCCCCCAAGCCUCCACAGGUGGGCUCCCUGCAGCAGUUUGCCGGCGGGGGUAGGACUCCUAGUGGGUUCUACCACCUCCCCCCUCCAGGCUCCCCAUCCUCCUCCUCCACCCAGCAGGCCCCAGAGGGCUCCCCUUCUCCCCUGGCCCAGUUCAGCCUGGCAGGCCUCCAGUCUGGCCUGGUCCCUCAGCUGUCCCUGGAGAGGUCUGCCCUGGCCUCGUUGGCCCAGUACGGCUCAGCUAACGGCUCGCCCUGCUACACCCCCCUGGGGCCUAGCCCCACGGUCCAAAGCCCAGUCACAGGAAGGACUUUCCACUACAGUGACUCAUCCAGUGCCACAGGGUCCCACAGCUCUCUGCUCAUGCCCCAGACCUCCCUCCCCAGCCAGCAGCACGCAGCCGGCAGUGAGUCUCUGCUGGGGCUGGGCAGCUUCUCUGAGGAUAUGAAACUAUUGUCCUGUUCUAACAUCUCCCUGCCCCAGGAUGUGACCCAGGCCAUGGGAUACUCCUCCCUCCCACGCUCCUCACCCCCUCGCACCUCGCCCCCACGCUCCUCACCCCCUCGCACCUCGCCCCCAUGCUCCUCCAUGGAGCCAGGAUACUGCUUCUCCUCGCCCUACACCUCCCCCAUCCUAGUUCCAAAACCCUGUAGCUCGGUGCCAGGGCACAUGACUCCUCCUGUCCCUGCCCAGAUGUCUCCAGGACACCUGCAACACCAGACUCAGUCCCCCGUGGCCUCCCCGGCCCUGCCGCCACGGAAAGGCUCGGCAGCCCACUCUGAACUAGAACCUGUCCGCUCCAAACUAACCUCCAAUUUGUGAGGUUUGAUCACACC